UUUCUCCGUUACGUUUUAAUUUGCGAAAAUCCGCAUUGCAGUGCGAUUCAUGCGUCGCAAAAGUUUUAUAUCUUACCAACUGAGUGUCUCAUUCGAUCAUUUUCAGCUCUCCUUUAUUCACGAGGGUUUCGUACGCGUUCAUCAAAAGCAACAACUCGUUCUGAAGAAGCAUCUGAAGCAUCAACUUCAAGUAUGGCAGAUAACGGUAAAAUCAAGAACAAGGUUUGCCUCAUCGUUAUCGAUGGAUGGGGUAUCAGUACCGAAACGAAAGGGAAUGCCAUCAAGAAUGCACAAACGCCUGUAAUGGAUGGGCUCUGCUCGGGUAACUGGCAACAGAUCCAAGCACACGGUCUGCAUGUCGGUCUUCCCGAAGGUUUAAUGGGCAAUUCUGAAGUGGGACAUCUUAAUAUUGGUGCCGGUCGCGUUGUCUAUCAGGAUAUUGUUCGUAUCAAUUUGGCCGUAAAGAAUAAAACGCUCGUUCAAAACCAGACAUUGAAGGAUGCAGCUGAACGUGCGAUCAAAGGAAAUGGACGUAUUCAUUUGUGUGGUUUGGUCAGUGACGGUGGUGUACAUUCGCAUAUCGAGCAUUUAUUCGCGUUAAUCACCGCGAUCAAGGAGUUGAAAGUACCGAAAUUGUUUAUCCAUUUCUUCGGUGAUGGUCGUGAUACAAGUCCCACUAGUGGAGUUGGUUACCUGCAGCAACUGAUUGAUUAUGUGAACAAAGAGAAAUACGGUGAAAUUUCCACAAUUGUCGGACGAUACUACGCAAUGGAUCGUGAUAAGAGAUGGGAGAGAAUAAGAGUAGCGUAUGAUGCGUUGCUGGGCGGUAUCGGUGAGAAGGCGUCAAUAGACAAAGCGAUUGAUGUGAUCAAAGGAAGAUAUGCAAAAGAUGAAACCGAUGAAUUUUUGAAGCCAAUCAUUCUGAACGAUGAAGGACGUAUUAAAGAAAACGAUACUGUGAUAUUCUUUGACUAUCGUGCUGAUCGUAUGCGUGAAAUUACCGAAUCGAUUGGUAUGGAACGUUAUAAGGAUUUGAAAUCCGAGUUGCCGCAUCCCAAAAAUUUGCAAGUGAUCGGAAUGACUCAGUACAAGGUUGAUUUCCCAUUCCCUGCGCUUUUCCCACCGGCGUCACAUGUGAACGUCUUGGCUGAAGCGUUGGCAAACAAUAAGGUGACACAGUUCCAUUGCGCAGGUUACCUUUUUCACUGA